GGCGUAUAAUUGGAAAACAACCACUGCAGCAAUUCCAGCAAGUAGUUGAAAGCCCCACACAGCUCACAAGGACCAAUCACAUCUUUACUUUACUCUCUGUUAUUUGAUCACCUCUUUCGUUUCAACUUCAAUUUUUUGAAACACAAGAAGAGGAGAAGAGUAAGAGAGAAGAGAGGCACAUUCACCAAGCCCUUCUUCUCCCCCAUCCGCCUCUAAAUCACAGAAACCCUAGCUAGGGUUCCUUCCUCUGCCCUUGCUGCUGCUUCUCUUCUCAUUUACUGAUCCAAUCCAAUCAUGGCGGACGAUGCCACCACAGCUCCUCCUCCAUCAUCUUCCGCCGCCACCGCGCCGCUCGGCUCCUCCGUGAUCUCGCUCGUGAACCGCCUCCAGGACAUCUUCUCCCGCGUCGGCAGUCAGUCCACCAUCGACCUCCCUCAGGUGGCGGUGGUCGGCAGCCAGAGCAGUGGCAAGUCCAGCGUCCUGGAGGCCCUUGUCGGCCGCGACUUCCUCCCUCGCGGCAACGACAUAUGCACGCGCCGCCCGCUCGUUCUGCAGCUCGUUCAGACCAAGCGCAAGCCAGACGGCUCCGAGGAAGAGUACGGCGAGUUCCUACACUUGUCUGGGAAAAGGUUUUACGAUUUCUCCGAGAUUCGUAGGGAAAUCCAGGCUGAAACUGAUAGGGAAGCAGGAGGGAACAAAGGUGUCUCUGACAAGCAGAUUCGACUGAAGAUUUUUUCACCAAAUGUUCUUGAUAUCACGCUUGUUGAUCUCCCUGGCAUAACAAAGGUUCCUGUGGGUGACCAGCCUUCUGAUAUUGAAGCCCGAAUCAGAACAAUGAUCAUGUCAUAUAUUAAAACCCCGACCUGUCUCAUUCUGGCUGUCACUCCAGCAAAUUCAGAUUUGGCCAAUUCAGAUGCUCUUCAGAUGGCGGGAGUUGCUGAUCCUGAGGGUAAUAGAACAAUUGGCGUGAUCACAAAGUUGGAUAUCAUGGACAGAGGUACUGAUGCCCGGAAUCUAUUACUAGGAAAAGUUAUUCCCCUCCGACUUGGUUAUGUAGGUGUUGUAAAUCGCAGUCAGGAGGAUAUCUUAAUGAACCGGAGUAUAAAGGAUGCUCUUGUUGCUGAAGAAAAGUUUUUCCGCAGCCGUCCUGUAUACAGCGGGCUAGCUGAUAGUUGUGGCGUUCCUCAACUAGCAAAAAAAUUGAACCAGAUUCUAGCACAACAUAUCAAGGCUGUGCUACCAGGCCUGAGAGCACGCAUAAGCACUUCACUAGUUGCUGUUGCAAAGGAGCACGCAAGCUAUGGAGAAAUCACCGAGUCUAAGGCUGGACAGGGUGCUCUUCUCCUGAAUAUUCUUUCAAAAUACUCUGAAGCUUUCUCAUCCAUGGUUGAGGGAAAGAAUGAGGAGAUGUCUACAUCUGAGCUAUCUGGUGGAGCACGAAUUCAUUACAUUUUUCAAUCUAUCUUUGUGAGGAGUCUAGAGGAGGUGGAUCCAUGUGAAGGCUUGACUGAUGAUGAUAUUCGUACUGCCAUACAGAAUGCAACUGGGCCUAAAUCAGCAUUAUUUGUUCCUGAAGUGCCAUUUGAAGUCCUUGUACGAAGGCAAAUAUCUCGUCUAUUGGAUCCUAGUCUUCAGUGUGCCAGGUUUAUAUAUGAUGAAUUAAUAAAGAUCAGCCAUCGGUGUAUGGUUACUGAACUGCAGCGAUUCCCUUUCUUGCGGAAGCGCAUGGAUGAAGUAAUAGGGAACUUUUUACGGGAAGGCCUUGAACCCUCAGAAAACAUGAUUGGACACCUCAUAGAAAUGGAGAUGGAUUAUAUAAACACCUCCCAUCCAAAUUUUAUUGGUGGAAGUAAGGCAUUAGAAAUGGCAAUGCAACAUGGCAAGUCUUCUAGGGUACUACCUAUUUCUAAGCCAAAGGAUGGUCUGGAUUCUGAUAAGGGAUCAGCCUCUGAAAGAAGUGUGAAGUCUCGAGGUAUUCUUGCCAGACAGGCUAAUGGGGUAGUUGCUGAUCCGGGUGUUCGUGUUCCUUUGGAUGCUGAAAAAGUUGUACCCUCUGGAAACCCUAGCGGAUCAAGCUGGGGUAUCUCAUCCAUUUUUGGCGGAGGUGACAGCCGUAUGGCUGUGAAGGAUAAUACAGCCAGUAAACCACAUAUUGAACCAGUUAACAGCAUGGAGCAAUCAUUUUCUAUGAUCUAUUUGAGAGAGCCACCUCCUGUAUUGAGGCCAUCUGAGAGCAAUUCAGAGACAGAAACUAUUGAAAUUACAGUAAUAAAGUUGCUUUUGAAAUCAUACUAUGAUAUUGUCAGAAAAAAUGUUGAGGAUCUUGUCCCCAAAGCUAUUAUGCACUUCUUGGUAAACAACACCAAGAAAGAGCUGCACAAUGUCUUCAUUAAAAAGCUAUACAGAGACAACCUAUUUGAAGAGAUGUUGCAAGAACCUGAUGAGAUAGCCACGAAAAGGAAGCGCUGUCGAGACCUUCUCCGUGCUUAUCAGCAGGCUUUUAAGGACUUGGAAGAACUGCCUCUGGAAGCUGAAACAGUUGAAAGAGGAUUCAGUUUGCCUGACACAACUGGUUUGCCUAAAAUUCAUGGGUUACCAACUUCAUCAAUGUAUUCUACAAGCAGUUCUGGAGACUACUAUGCGUCUCCUAAGAACCCCAAGUCUAAGAGGUCCUCCCAUUCUGGGGAACUUCAAUCACCGUUGCAUGCUAAUUCAGAUUCCAAUGGAAAUGGAAGGCCAUUCCCAUCCGGGUUCUAUCCUGCGGUUGAUGCGUGAGCUAUAUCUAACCUUGC